AUGAAUACCCAAGACCCCUUUCAUAAGGUGACUUGGAAGCCUGCUGCGCUAUCGAAUGCACCCAUCACGUUUCAAAAGAUCAUUCUUGUGCUCAACCCCAACUCGAAGCAGGAAGACUUUCUUGUGUACAAAGGACAGCUGAUCGAUGCGGGCUAUACACUACUUGUAGUCAAAGACGCUACCGAGAUACCAUUGCACCUGAAUUCUGGGACAAUUAUUGUUCAUCUUCCUAAGCUGGCAAGGGAAAAAGACAGCGUCCAUGAGACAGCUACAGAAUCCUGCAACAGUCUGAUAGCGGCGGCACGGAUCCUAUCCAAACAUGACGGCCAUAAGGUGUUUACUGUCGUUACUACCGCCGCUGGUAUUGGCCAACUUGGUCAUGCUCCUCUGUAUGGCUUGGCGCGGGUUUUGAAGAUGGAAAUGCCAAACACUUUCGGUGGACUGUUCGAAGCAGAACCGGGGUCAUUUCCACUCGAUGCGAUCAAGUAUGCGCAGGGUUUUGAUGUGGUUCGAAUCUGUCAUGGUGUUCCCCACAUAGCUUGCUUGCAGCCUUUUCCGGAGCAGCCAGAUGACACUGUAACGCGUCUCCGGCUAAGACCGGAGAGCACCUAUCUUAUCACUGGUGGUACACGGGGCAUGGGACUGAAGAUUGCAGCCUGGAUGGGCAAGCGUGGCGCUGGGAACAUCAUUCUCGCGGCGCGCCAUGGACUAGAGAAGGGUGUGAGCGAUGGUAGUAACAACACACUCACAUCCCACAUGAAGGACCUGCAGAGUCGAGGUGUCACGGUACACGUCUUGAGUAUUGAUCUCGCUCUACCUGAGGCAGAAAAGUCCCUUCGGCAGGCCAUUGAUCCUCUUCACCUUCCGCCGAUUAAAGGCGUCGUCCAUGCCGCGGGCGUUGCUCAAUAUAACACGUUGGACCGAUGCGCACCUUCCGACCUCGAUUACACCAUGGCGCCUAAAGCACGUGGUGCUUUGGCGUUGGACGCUCUAUUCUCACCCGGGGUUCUGGACUUUUUCCUGCUGACCUCCUCCGUGGGACAACUUGUCGGAUUCCCAGGUCAGCUUACGUACGCGCCAGCAAAUGCCUUUCUAGACGAAUUUGCAGUCUACCGACGGCAGCAGGGAGAUGCCUGUACCUCUAUUCAAUGGACCUCCUGGCGCGGAGUGGGACUGGUGGCGCAGAACAAAUCAACGACGCGCAUGAUUGAUCGCGGCAUGCAGGCCCGAGGUAUUGAGUACAUGGCCCCAGAUGAGGCACUUGCUACAUUAGACCGGAUCGUUCAGCUUGCUACCGAUCACGUCGCUGUGGUACGCGCGGUGGCACUUGAAACAGGCGAACCAGUGCGACACCCCAUACUGCAAGAUAUCACACCACGCAAACCUGUGCGGCAAGCCCAGUGGAAAUAUCCAGCCCACGCGGUGGCAGUCGUUGGUCUGGCAUGCCGCACGGCUGCAGGCGAUACGGCAGAUGACUUAUGGGACGUGAUUCGAACGGGACAGACGACAGUGCGGGAGAUUGAUGCAAGACGCUUUCCUGAGGCCGCCGCAAGGAAAGACACCAAACUGUGGGGAAACUUCCUCCCUGACCCUGAAUCUUUUGAUCAUGGCUUUUUUGGCAAGUCCAAGCGUGAAUCGGCCGCUCUGGACCCUCACCAACGGCUUCUACUUGAGACGACUUAUCAUGCUUUGGAGUCGGCUGGAUGGCUGGCGCAGGAACAAAUACCCGAGAAACACAAUGGGCCGGAUUUUGGAAAUACGACAGGCUGCUUUAUUGGCAUGAAUGCCCCUGAUUAUCCUCUAAAUUUAGGAAGUCACGCUCCCAGCCCCUAUACAGGAGUUGGGAUGAUGCGAUCCUUUGUCGCUGGUCGCUUGAGUCAUCACUUCGGGUGGACUGGUCCUUCCCAUGUCAUUGAUACAGCCUGUUCUUCAGCCAUGGUAGCCAUUCACCAGGCCUGCCGUGCCCUUCAAGCAGGGGACUGUACCAGGGCAGUGGCGGGGGGUGUCAAUUUAAUUACCAAUUCGGUCUUUUUUGGCGCACUGCGAAGCGGAGGCUUCCUCAGCGAGACCGGUGCGUGCAAAACCUUUGACGCUCGGGCAGAUGGGUACUGCCGAGGUGAGGCCGUUGGGGUCCUGGUCCUAAAGCCUCUAUCCCAGGCACUGCAGGAUGGAGACGAAAUUAGGGGUAUUCUUCUAGGGACGGGGGAGAAUCAGAAUAUUAACAAUACCAGCAUUACAAAUCCAGUAUUAGACAGCCAGACAGCGCUCUAUCGUAAGAUACUGGCCCAGGGGGGUAUCUCCUCCAGCCAAGUAUCCUACGUCGAAGCCCAUGGCACGGGGACGCGCGCCGGUGAUCCCAUUGAAGUUGAAGGGAUCAGGCAGGUGCUAGGGGGGCCUGAGAGAGACUCUCUAUUACAUAUUGGCGGAAUCAAAGCUAACAUCGGACACUCAGAGGGUGCCUCAGGGGUAAUCUCUCUAAUAAAAGUCUUGCUGAUGAUGAAGUAUCGCCAGAUUCCACCACAGGCGAACUUUGAGCGACUCAACCCCAACAUUACUGCCCUUGAGUCGAAUUGUAUGGCUAUCCCCACCUCGAGUCUUGAGUGGCACAACUCAAGUGGCCUCCUAGUGGCUAUGGUGAAUAGCUACGGUGCAUCUGGGAGCAAUGCCGCGGCCCUGGUGGCCUCGCCUCCGCCGCCAGAGCCACUUGCACAGUCUUUGCCUCCCCGAAUGUCCGUCCCUUCAAAAGCACUAUCAGCAUGGCCUGUCUCAAUCUCUGCAGCGUCGGCAGCCAGCAUAAGAUCCUACUGUCAGAAGCUAAGAGAGCUGAUACUGCAACCUAAUUUUCGACCGGAGCUGGGCGUUCAUCUCGGCUUCGCACUCAGCAGCAAGCAGAAUCGGCAGCUUGGCCAGGCUUUCGCCACUACUGUCACAUCUGUGGAGGAACUGGACGCCCGGCUGUCCAGUCCUGAAAGAUACAUCGUAAAGCGCGAAACCUUACGCCAGCCCAUUGUUCUUCUCUUCAGCGGACAAAAUGGAAAUACUGUCCCUGCUGCACAGCCACUCUAUAGGACGUCAAUAAUCUUCAGGAACUUUUUACACAGCUGUAAUGAAGUGAUACAGUCCCUGCGCGGCCCCAAUCUGUUUCCAUCUAUACUAGAUGGCAUCGACGGAAGCACCGACAUUGUUUUCCGCCAUGCUGCUAUGUUUGCCAUCCAGUACUCAUCUGGUAUGACAUGGCUCGAAUGUGGGUUGAAGCCAGAUGCAGUUUGUGGGCAUUCAUUCGGGGAAUGGGCUGCGAUGACCGUCUCGGGUGCAUUGACGCUUGAGGCAGGAUUAAAGCUCGUUAUUGGUAUCAAAGCUGGGCUAUCACUAAACGAGAAGGCAGGACGCGCAUCCAUCAUCAAAAAGUAUUGGGGUCCUGAUCCCGGAGCGAUGAUUGCCAUCGAGACGGAUCUUGUGGGGACACAGACAACAGCCAGCCAACACCUAGAGCCCUUCCGUCGUAAACAUCCAGAUUUUACCUUCGAUAUUGCCUGCUACAAUGGUCCCAAUAACUACGUUGUGGCCGGGCGGACGUCGGCCAUGGAGGCCUUGGAGACUGACUUGAUCCAGGAGAAACGUCGCGGCGUUAAGAUCAGAUUCAAGAUGUUGCGUGGCAUGCAUGCCUAUCAUUCUGUUAUGGCAGACUCAAUCCUCGAUGAGUCUGCCCGACUGUCAGCUACAAUACCAAUCCAGACUCCAACCCUUCCGUUCGAGACAUGCCACAAGGAUCCGUGGACAGGCCCAGGGACCAAUUUCAUUGCCCGCAACACUCGGGGACCAGUAUUCUUUUCCGAAGCAAUUUACCGCAUUGUCAGCCGACUAGGAGGAGGUCCAUGUAUCUUCCUCGAAGCUGGCAUUGGGGGCCCUGUCGUUUCCAUGGCCCGGAAUGCGCUUUCGCCUCCCCUUACUUCCUCGAAACACCAACCGCCCCAUACAUUCGUGGCAAUCGAUGGAAAAGACCCAGUUCGAGGGCUAGCAGAGGCAGUACUUCAGCUGUGGCAGAACGGCCAUCUUGCUGUGCAGUUCUGGCCCUUUCACUCAAAGCAACGAGCGAGCUAUCAACAUGUGACCCUACCGCAGUACCAAUUCGAGAAACAUUCGCAUUGGCUGGAGCAUAUUCCCGUCGAGUCUGGAGACAAGGAUCCACAGGAUGCUCAGCAGCACUCCGAGACAUGUCCUCACUGCGGCAAGGCAACGGACGAAUAUCCUUACAUCACACUGGAGGGGUCGCCGCCAGGUUCGAAAGACGGGGUAAUCUUCCGUAUUGACCCACGCAGCCCCCGGUAUCAGGAGCUGGUGAAGGGCCAUGUUGUUGUCGGAUCCCCUAUCAGUCCCGCCGCUAUGUACCUGGAGCUUGUACAUCAUGCUGUAGUUCAAAUCGAAUGGAACGCGCACGCAGCGCCGCUCGCCAACAAGAGGGGCUACGUCUGGGUUCAGGACUUAGAGAUAAUGGCGCCGCUGGGCCUGGACCUGCGGCGGCCUGUCUUGUUGAGGUUGGAUAAGAAGGAAAACGGAAGUUUCAAGUUCCAGUUCUCCUCCAGCGACAAUUUUGGCAAAAAAACUCUGCCGUCAAAGUUGAUAUACCAUGCAAAUGGCAUUGUAUCCCUACAGGCGCAGAAUACAGGCGUGCCGUCAGAAUUCUCGGGCGGGUGGGCGCGUCUGACACGUCUUCUGGAAGAAGAACCGGAGAUGGACGAGUUGCGUGGUCCCAUGGUAUAUAAGGUCUUUUCCAGAAUGGUGAAGUACUCCGCUAUAUACCGAGGCCUACGGUUGAUUGUGGGAAAGGGAGAAGAAGCAGCCGGGGUUAUUUCUAUGCCUCUCACAAGCCCGGAGCAGGCUAAUGAGCGAGGCCGAUCUUUUAACGACAGUAUCGCUGACCCACUGAUUCUGGAUAACUUCAUGCAGGUUCCCGGAGCCUUUGUGCAUUCUCUGCGUGUUGCAGACACUCCAGAUGAUGAAGACAGUGACAUGUCGUUUAUUUGCACGGGAAUGGGAUCAGUUGGUCCUUUGACAAAGCUGCCGUGCAGCGAGUCUUACAGGGUGUAUGCGAAGAUCUUACGAGAGGAUCAGAAAGAGAUUAGACUAGAUCUCCUUGCCUUCGAUGCCGAUAGCGCUACAGUGGUUUGGACCGCGCAGGGCCUCAGCCUCAAUGCCAUCGGUGCACAAUCCAGGGAGGAGCUGCAGAGAAAGCCUGCGGCCGAGAAGAUAACCUUCCAACUUACGGACAAGGAUUCCCCUCCUCUUCCGCCAACUAUACCUCAGGUCCGCAAUUUCAUUUUGGAUGGAAUUCAGACAAUCCUCAGCAUAUGUGUGGAUGUACCCUGUCAGGACGUGAGCAGACCUACCACGCUGAGAGAGCUAGGAACCGACUCACUUGUUAGCCCGGAGAUUUUGUCCAGUAUCCGGGACCAAUUUGACAUUGAGAUAUCUGCAAAUGAGUUCACAUCGCUGAAUACAGUCGGAGAUCUCUGCGAUCUUGUCAGAACGCGGCUCGGACGUGCUGAACCUGAUGAUCACGACGUCGCCAUGCAGACAUCCGACCCAGGCAGGGAGACCACCCCUGAAGUCAACAAUGAGUGGCAAGAAGCGGUCUUUGCAAUUCUUAGUCAUUCCCUGGAGGUUCCUGUAUCCGAAAUUAGACAGGACUCAGUCCUCGAAGACCUUGGCGUCGAUUCACUCAUCACCCCCGAAAUUAUUAACAACAUCAAGGAAUCAUUGAAUGUUGAGCUCUCUUCAGCCGAGUUCUCAGGAUUGGUAGACGUGGAUUCCCUGUUGGAUCUGCUCGCGGAUGCUUUGGGGCUGGAGGAUGCCAAGCCUACCCCAACCACAGGUUCAUCCGGCAUCUCGGAUGCAGUGGCUCCAUCGGACCCAAACAUGCCAACCGUCUUUCAGGAGAUUCGCCGCAAUUACGACGCCCAUGCCAAAGCCUUCCAGUUGUCAGGCUACUGGGAGAAUGUGUAUCCUGUGCAGUUGCAAGUCGUAUCUGCAUUCAUAUUGGAAGCGUUCAAGAACUUGGGGUGUCCAAUCCGCGAGCUCCAGCCCGGGAAGACGUUGCCCCUUCUGCAAGGAAUACUACCCAAGUAUCAUCGUCUCGUCCGCCGACUGCAUAACAUUCUUGUGGAAGCCAACAUCAUCAGGCAUGCACCGGAAGCCGACUACGAAGUCUUCAUCUGCGGACCCGCAACCCCUCCAAUCAAGCCUGCAGCCCAGCUGAGCCAGGAGUUGAUGGAGGAAUUUCCUGUCUUUGCAUCCACCCACGGGCUACCCGAUCUUCUCGGACCGCACCUCGCCGAGUACCUCAUCGGCCACGCGGAUCCAGUCUCUCUUCUCUUUGGCAGUGAGCGUGGGCGACACUUGCUCGAAGAGUUUCACGCCAAUGCACCCGAUAUUCGCGCCGCCACCCAGGUCCUGUGUGACUUUGUCUCGGCUGCCAUCAGUGCUCAUGCGGAAGCCGUCAACAACACAGAGCCAUUUCAUAUACUCGAAGUCGGUGCUGGCACCGGAGGCACAACCAAACAUCUCGUCCCGCUCCUCCAGGCCACUGGCAUUCCCUUUACCUACACCUUUACCGAUCUCUCCGUCUCUCUUCUCGCGCGUGCAAAACGGUCAAUUUUUGCGGGCGUCGCUUGCAUGGAGUUCCGCCAAUUUGAUCUCGAGGCAGUCCCGGAGCCGGAGCUCCACGGGCACUACCACCUGGUCAUCUCCGCCAACUGCGUUCAUGCAACCCGAGACCUCCGCCAAAGCCUACAGCAUAUACGCCGGGUGCUGCGUCCAGAUGAUGGAUGCGUAGCGUUGCUCGAACUGACAGAGAAACUGCCAUGGUACGACCUGGUCUGGGGGCUCCUAGAUGGGUGGUGGCUAUUCGACGACGGCCGGGACUACCCACUGCAGAGCCCACAUGCCUGGGAGCGUAUGAUGCAUGAAGCCGGCUUUCCGCACGUUGACUGGUCUGAGAGUGUCAGCCAAGAAAAGCGCGGUGUGCAGGUGGUGUGCGGCUUCACUACUCCUGCUUCCCCAAAGCCAUGGCAGGAAUUGCAGCAACCCCUCAGAGCACCAUCAACCCUAUUGCAUCGGGGGUCCGUCGCUAUGACUGGACAGCGCAAUCUAUUCCUAAUGCCCGACGGCUUCGGCUCGGGAGCCGUUUUCACGGCGCUAGCGCCGUACUUGGCGCGCGUACCGGAUACUUCGGCCUACGCACUCAGUAGCCCCUUCCUUUCAUUGGUGGUGACGAAUCGCGUAAUCAUUGACCAGCUACCCUCCAUCGAGGUGUUGUCAAAUAUUUAUAUGGAGGAGAUUAAAAAGCGACAGCCGACGGGACCGUAUCUCAUUGGGGGUUACUCACUGGGCGGGGUGGUGGCCUUCGAGGCAGCGCGCCAACUGGUGGAAGCGGGUGAAAUCGUGGAGCGGCUGGUGUUGAUCGACUCGGCGAGCCCAAGCAAAGUGCACUCAUUCCCUGAUGAACUGGUGCAAUUUCUGGAUGCAAUUGACGCGACCAAUAACCAUAAUAAUAUUGCCCAGGGAACCGUGGGCAGCAGCGUCCACUUCACUUUAUCUCGGGAACAGCUGCGGCAAUACCGGAUGCGUCCGCUGCGGGGGUUGCAAGAGGGCCUCAUCCAAGACGUGGUUCUCUUUUCAGCGCGCGAGGGGGUCGACAAACAAGAGGCCGUGCCUCGACCGAAGGUGGGAAGCGACGAGCAGAGCGCUGUGGAAUGGUUUUUGGAUGAUCGGGUCGACGACGGGGCGCUGGGGUGGGAAGAUUUACUGGACAAUGUGCGAGUGAUCCGCGUUGAGGGGAAUCACUUUUCAUUGAUGGAUGCGUCGAAUGUGAGCUCAUGGGGUCCGAAAUUGGCAGAUAUUCUGGUCGGUUAGGGCUGUCUCUGUUUCAGUGGUAUUGAUGCCUCGUUCGGUGGUAGAAUAUCGUUGUGUAAUGAUACCGCGUAUUGAUGCCAAUUGCCCGCAAGGAAACCCCCGACUGAUCGGUGUCUGAGGGAAUUGAUUCAUUGACCAAUAAAACGAAC